AUGCAAAGUGUGCUUGAGUAUGUCAAGAGCAUUGACUUGGAAACCGUCACAGAUCCAGAGGUUCUGAACAAUGUGUAUCAGGAAAUAAACGGAUUCGAAAAAGAGCUGGUGUCAAAUACACAGACUACUCAUCAAAUGGAAAGCAUUGUGAAGAAAAGCAAUGUGCAUCAGGUGGCUGAUCUUCUGAAGAAGUUGGAUGUAAAUGAAUUGUCGAAGAAAAAGCUUGGAUCAAGAUUUAUCGAAGUGAUUUGUGAUGUUGUGUUCAGAAGCAUCUACGUCAAAAUGCUGCAAGUUGAUGUUGGAGCACUUUUCAGUCUUAUAGAUACCAAGGAUGCAUUUAAAGCAAACUUCUUCAAUACAAAUGCUACACACGUUGUCAGGAAGCUUUUCCAGAUUGCUAGCGGCAAGAAAAUUGUAAACGGAAGAAUCGAGCAGCGAUUUGAUCCACUAAUGCCAGGAUAUGUGGAAAAACACAAAGAAACCGUUCUUGAACUGAUACCAAGCAUCUCCAAAGAAGAUAGCUUUGCAACACUUCUGAUGUAUCUGCACUGCUAUAGAAGUCAAACAGUCAUAUAUGAGGUUUCAAGGCAUCACUUUAGCUUGGAAAGCAUAUGCAAUCCAAACACAUCGUACUUUUUUGAAAAGAUAGUUCAGGCUGCCAAUAAAAAGACACUAAAAAUGUUUUUUGAAGCAGUAGCAGGAAAAGAAAUGGAUCUUUGUAGAGACAAAUAUGGAAAUUACUUUAUUGGAGAGCUUAUUUUGCAUUAUCCAAAAAAAGCAGAUCACUUCUUCCGUAGGCUUCAACUCGAUGAGUUCGACAAAAACUCAAACAUAGUAAUGAAACUUGUACAAGCACUCGCAAAACAAAAGUCAUACUCAAACCUAGAUCAGGUAGUAAAUGCUUUUUAUCUCGAGAAUAGAACAGAUGAUAUUCUUUUCAAUACAUUUGGAGGAGUGGAGGGCAAUUUCAAGCAGAAGUAUGCACCGAUGCUUUGUGAGCUUAUGAAACUUGCUGAUAAUCAUAAUUACAGUGUUAAUUCUGCAUUCAAGAAAAGAUUCUGUGCCAACUGGAUCAGGUCAAAGGGCGGAAUGGAAAUUCUGAAAGGAUACUACGAAGGAAUGGAUUGCAAUAAAUCAAAGAAAGAAUUCACCAAGAAAAUAGAAAAGCAUCUGCCUGACAUCAUGGAUAGAAAAGGAUCAGAAAACGUCAUUAAGCUCAUUAUGCGAUACAAAGUAAAUCAGAAUAAAUACAAACAGCAUUAA